GCACAAUACCGCAUUACUGUAGUUUGAUCACUGGAUGCCGCCACCGGAUCGGCAAAAGCUUAUCGAGGCGGUUCCUGGGCCAUCUUACGGAGCUGACAGCAAAUUCCAGUUACAGUUGACCCGUGUACCUUGUGGUCGAGCAACGCCAUUUCCAUGUCCUUCCGAUAAGAGCAAUCGAUCUUGUAUUGCAAGGGAUCACUUUUGUGACGGUGUGGAACAAUGCCCGCAAGGGGAAGACGAAAUCUGCAGUAUGAACUGUGGCCAACAUACAGGGAUUAUAGAAAGCAGCGAAAACCUGCGAAUCCACGGCGGCACUCCGGCUCAGCCUAACAGUUGGCCAUGGCAGGUCCAGGUCGACAGCCAAUACUCAGCAUGCGGGGGGACUGUGAUAGCCCCACGGUGGAUCCUGACGGCAGCACAUUGUAUAUCUGAAUACGUAACGAACCGUACGACGUACCUAGAAAGUGGGACUCUGCAAAAAAUAACGGUGAAAUUCAUGCCCCACCGCUGCGGAUCAUCACCGAAUGCCACGGUUAUUACGGUACAGAAAGUUUUCCUACCACCCCAGUGGGAAACACGCUCGGAACGAAAACUUUACUUUGAUGCAGCUCUUUGCUUCUGUUCUCCGACAUUGAAUUGUUGACAGUUCAACCAAUCUGUCUGCCACGUUCCGAUAUGGUUUUGCGAACUGGAGACGUCUGUUACGCAGCUGGUUGCGGUUUAGUCGAAACCAAAAGCGUGCCGUCCGAGCUGAUGCAGGUGGCCUUGACCAUCGUUGGUUUUGGGUGUGACUCUGCAGUCUGUCCUGAUAGGCUGUAUACAGGGCACAAUGUUGGUGGCGCUGGAACGACCACGUGUUCCGGAGACAGCGGAGGACCUUUAGCAUGCCGGAAAGACAGCAAAUUUGGAAACGGACAAUGGACCUUAUUUGGAGUCACUUCAUUCGGAACAGGAGAAUGCGGCAACUCGCUUUCCGGUUUCCAAGCUGCAGAAAUGCUCUUGCCGUUCAUUAUGAACACACUGUAUUCGCAAGGCUUCUACGGUUGGCUAAGAAAUCGUACCGUGCCAAGGAGAGCGCAGGUCAGCCAGGAGGUGGACCCAGGAAUGGUAAUGGCAGACAAAGAAGAGAUUACGGUACCAUUACGCACGCAGUUUUCCGCGCAGUCGGCGGCUUCUAGAAAAUAUUUGGGAUUGAUAUUUUUUGACAUAAUACAAGCUUGGCUAUCGCUAUGCUUUUCGAAGCUGGCAACCACAUCCUGGUGAAAUUUUCUUGAUGAUUGUCGUUUGUCAUUCGACCACAAUAUACAGUGUAUGGAACAUGAGACCUAGCCAGCUGCCACCCUAUUUGCCGUUAGCAUUAUUUUCGUAUUGAAUUUCAUAUCAAUGGAAAACUGAAAGCUCUAAUCUGUUGGUUUUCGUCCUGCUGCCAGCAUUCAGCUACUGCAGAAUGAUGCACGUACUUGGUCCGAGUUGGUCGGCUGUGCAGUUGUCUUU